UCACUUCACGAGUCUUGAACUUAUCUUGCCAUGGACUGGGCGCGGUCGAAGUUUUCCUCGAUGAAAAGUGCUGGUUUUAAAGCAGUAAAAUGGUCCUCGAGUUCAACAAAGGAGGGCGCGGUGUCGGCGCCUCAUCCCAUUCCGCCAGGCAAGGAAAACAUGCCGUGCCCCAUCAACGGCAUGUUCCUCAGCAAAGAGGCAGAAGAAGCGAAGAACGAGUUGGAGAACGACCCAGACAUUGUGAAGGAAAAACAACACUUCUCUGAGCAAGCGCUGGUGAUGGCACCCAUGGCACCACCCACCAGUUUCAUUCCCAUGCAGGUGAUUCAUGGUGCGCAUACGCCGUCUGAAGCCACUAGAAGGCUUGUUGAGAAGGUCGGUAUGGAGAAGCUGCGGCGCUUCACGGGUUUGUUCUACGAGCGAUGCUUCGUGGAUCCUCACCUUGACCAGUUCAUUGCAGAGCACUCGGAGCCACAUGCGGAGCGUUUCGCCAAUUGGAUUGCGGAGAAGUUGGGCUUCGGCACGCCCUGGACGCAGGAGCGUCGAACUCGGCCCAAACGUUAUCCCAAGAAGUUCAUGCACUUCGGCGACGAGACCAUGCAGGUGUCUCACGACCGCAGCACGGCACACUUCGCGGCCUGGUAUUCUCCGAAGCGCGAAGCGCAGCAUAUGGGGCAAAAGUUCCAGCCAGAGGACGCUCGAAACUGGAUGAGAUUGCAUUUCUGGGCAGCACGAGAAACAGGCCUCUACGAUGAGCAUCCUGACUUCAUGGAUUACUACGAGCGCUUUAUUGGUCAUUUCGUGAGUAUUUACUCGAGCAAGUCUCCACCUUUCACGCGGGAGUCUGCUCGAUGGUCGGCAGAUCCGGAGAAUCUCCAGCGCUAUCAUCAGGCCGGAAAUCGCAUGGACAUCUUGGGGAAGAACAUCGAUCAGGAGCUGCUGCUGCUCCCUGCGGAGGAACGGAGCUACACCGGUUCCCGGCAUGACAACCCGUUGUGGCCAUACAACCGGGAGGCCCUGCGCUGAGACCGGAAGUGGCAGGCGAAGUGUUUGAAUGAAAGUCAUUCUGAACUCUUGACCUAACAAAAAAUGC